GCGCGCCCGCGGCCAGGGGGCGGCGGCCAGGCGGCGGGAGGCGGGCGCGCGCGCCGGUGGGAAGCGUCCGGCAGCCACAGCGCCGGCUCCGUCGUAGUCGCGGGGCCGCCGGGUCUCGCUCGCCCUCCUCCCGCUCCCCGCCCGCCGCCGCCCGCGCGCAUGCGCCGCCGGAGCGCGAGGGUCGGCUUCGGGUGUUUGGUGGCGGCAGAGCGGAGCUGCGAGGCCCGGAGAGUCAGAACCUGGGGAGAGGGAUGGUCUCUGCACCGGGGAGCUGGAGGAGCCGCCGCCGCUGCCGACGCCACCGCCGCAGCCGCCGCCGCCGCCGCCCCGGCGCCCGCCUCCCUGCGCUGACGGCCGCGUACGAAGCCGGCGAGGGGGAGCCAGCCACGGCGGUCGCCGGCACACCGCCCAGCAUGGUCCGGGAAACCAGGCACCUCUGGGUGGGAAACUUACCGGAGAACGUGCGAGAAGAGAAGAUCAUCGAGCAUUUCAAACGAUAUGGCCGCGUGGAAAGUGUCAAAAUUCUCCCCAAGCGGGGGUCUGAAGGAGGAGUGGCUGCCUUUGUGGAUUUUGUGGACAUCAAAAGUGCACAGAAAGCUCACAACUCCGUCAACAAAAUGGGAGACAGAGACCUUCGCACGGAUUAUAAUGAACCAGGCACUAUACCGAGUGCUGCUCGGGGACUGGAUGAUACAGUUUCCAUAGCAUCUCGUAGUAGAGAGGUUUCUGGGUUCAGAGGAAGUGGUGGAGGGCCUGCUUAUGGCCCCCCACCAUCACUUCAUGCACGGGAAGGACGCUAUGAGCGGAGACUCGAUGGGGCUUCAGAUAACAGGGAGCGUGCUUAUGAACAUAGUGCCUAUGGACACCAUGAACGGGGGACAGGAGCAUUUGAUCGGACAAGACAUUACGAUCAGGAUUACUAUAGAGACCCUCGAGAGCGGACUUUACAACACGGGCUCUAUUACACUUCUCGGAGUCGAAGUCCAAACCGCUUUGAUGCUCAUGACCCCCGAUACGAACCUAGGGCCCGGGAGCAGUUUACACUGCCCAGUGUGGUACACAGGGAUAUCUACAGGGACGACCUUACCCGGGAGGUACGAGGCAGAAGGCCAGAGCGCAGCUACCAGCACAGCAGGAGUCGCUCACCACAUUCAUCCCAGUCUAGAAACCAGUCCCCGCAGAGGCUGGCCAGCCAAGCGUCCAGACCCACCAGGUCCCCCAGCGGCAGUGGCUCCAGGAGCAGAUCCUCCAGCAGCGACUCCAUCAGCAGCAGCAGCAGCAGCAGCACGGACAGUAGCGACUCCAGCAGCACGUCCAGUGACGACUCCCCAGCCCGCUCUGUCCAGUCGGCGGCGGUUCCCGCACCCACUUCCCAGUUGCUUUCGUCUCUUGAAAAAGAUGAGCCCCGGAAAAGUUUUGGGAUCAAAGUUCAGAAUCUUCCAGUACGCUCUACAGAUACGAGCCUUAAAGAUGGCCUUUUCCAUGAAUUUAAGAAGUUUGGCAAGGUGACUUCAGUGCAGAUCCAUGGGGCCUCCGAGGAGAGGUACGGCCUGGUGUUCUUCCGGCAACAAGAGGACCAAGAAAAAGCACUGACUGCAUCAAAGGGAAAACUCUUCUUUGGCAUGCAGAUUGAGGUGACUGCAUGGGUAGGACCAGAAACAGAGAGUGAAAACGAGUUUCGACCCUUGGACGAGAGGAUAGAUGAAUUCCACCCCAAAGCAACGAGAACGCUUUUUAUUGGGAACCUUGAAAAAACGACUACUUACCACGACCUUCGAAACAUUUUUCAGCGCUUUGGAGAAAUUGUGGACAUAGACAUUAAGAAGGUGAACGGAGUCCCUCAGUAUGCGUUCCUGCAGUACUGUGACAUUGCCAGUGUGUGCAAGGCUAUCAAGAAGAUGGACGGAGAGUACCUUGGGAAUAACCGGCUCAAGCUGGGUUUUGGAAAGAGCAUGCCUACCAACUGUGUGUGGUUAGAUGGGCUUUCUUCCAACGUGUCUGAUCAGUAUUUAACACGGCAUUUCUGCCGAUACGGGCCUGUGGUAAAGGUGGUGUUUGACCGCUUGAAAGGCCUGGCUCUGGUCCUCUACAGCGAGAUUGAGUACGCGCAAGCCGCUGUCAGGGAGACCAAGGGCAGGAAGAUUGGUGGGAAUAAGAUUAAGGUGGACUUUGCAAACCGGGAAAGCCAACUGGCAUUUUAUCACUGCAUGGAGAAGUCUGGUCAAGACAUGAGAGACUUCUAUGAAAUGUUAACAGAAAGAAGAGAGGAGAGAAGAGCAUCCUAUGACUACAGUCAAGACCGGACAUACUAUGAAAAUGUCCGCACUCCGGGCGCCUACCCUGAGGACUCCAGGAGGGACUACCCAGCUCGAGGGAGAGAGCUUUACUCGGAGUGGGAGACGUACCAAGGAGAGUAUUACGAGUCCCGAUACUAUGAUGACCCUCGAGAGUACAGAGAAUACAGGAGCGACCCUUAUGAACAAGACAUUCGGGAAUACAGCUAUAGGCAGAGAGAGCGGGAGCGAGAACGGGAGAGAUUUGAAUCUGACCGUGACCAUGAGCGGAGGCCCAUUGAGCGAAGUCAGAGUCCCGUGCACUUGCGUCGCCCACAGAGUCCCGGGGUGUCUCCUGCACAUUCGGAGAGGUUGCCGAGUGACUCUGAGAGGAGACUGUACCGCCGGUCCUCAGAGAGAAGUGGAAGCUGCAGCUCGGUGUCUCCCCCACGGUACGAUAAGCUGGAGAAGGCUCGGUUGGAGCGCUAUACAAAAAAUGAAAAGACAGAUAAAGAACGAAUUUUUGACGCUGAGCGGGUGGAGAGGGAGAGGCGAGUAAUCCGCAAGGAGAAAGUAGAGAAGGACAAACCCGAGAGGCAGAAACGGAAAGGAAAGGUGCACUCCCCUAGCUCUCAGUCUUCAGAAACAGAGCAGGAGAACGACCGAGAGCAGAGCCCCGAGAAGCCACGGGCUUCCACCAAACUGAGCAGAGACAGGACUGACAAGGAGGGGCCAGCCAAGAACCGCCUGGAGCUGGUGCCUUGUGUGGUUCUGACCCGAGUAAAGGAAAAGGAGGGCAAGGUCAUCGACCACCCGCCCCCAGAGAAGCUCAAAGCCAGGCUUGCUCACGACACUGCCAAGUCCUCAGUGCUGGACCAGAAAUCCCAGGCUUCUCAGGUGGAGCCUCCUAAGGCAGACUCGUCUAAGGUGGACGCUGCCAGGGGGAAAGCGCUGAGGGAAAAGGCUUUUUCAGGCCACGCAGAGGUUGUGGAUAAGGAGGGCAGGCCGAAGCUCAGGAAGCACCUCAAGCCCGAGCAGGCGCCUGAGCUGAGUGCCCUGGACCUGGAGAAGCUAGAAGCAAGGAAAAGGCGCUUUGCAGAUUCCAGCCUGAAAGUAGAAAAGCCAAGACCAGAGGUCAGGAAAACCAGCCCUGAGGCAGAGGACGCGCGAGCGCUGUUAAGGAAGCAGCCUGACACACCGAGGGAUGGUAUUUUGCUGAGGGAAGGAGAGUCUGAAAGGAAGCCCGUGAGAAAAGAAGUCCUUAAAAGGGAGUCAAAAAAAACCAAGCUGGAGAGACUUAAUUCAGCCCUCAGCCCCAAAGACUGCCAGGAACCUGCUGCUGUCUCUGUGGGGUCUGGCUCUCGGCCUAGCUCAGACAUCCACGCAGCCCUGGGAGAACCAGUGCAUGGAUCUGUGGAGACCCAGGAAGCCCAGCCCAAAAAGGUCAUGCCCUCAAAACCUCGGCUCAAACAGCUGCAGCUCCUGGAUAGCCAAGGGCCCGAGAAGGAGGAAGUGAGGAAAAACUACUGCCGGCUUCUCGAGGAUCCAGCGGAGCACAAAGCAGGCCAGGAGAAGCCUCAUGGAGUAAAUGCUGAGGAGAAACUUGGCAUUGACAUCGAUCACACGCAGAGCUACCGAAAGCAGAUGGAGCAGAGUCGCCGGAAGCAGCAGAUGGAGAUGGAGAUAGCGAAGUCUGAGAAGUUCGGCAGCCCCAAGAAAGAUGUGGAUGAGUAUGAAAGGCGCAGCCUUGUGCACGAGGUGGGCAAGCCCCCUCAGGAUGUCACCGACGACUCCCCGCCCAGCAAAAAGCGAAGGACAGAUCACGUGGAUUUCGAUAUCUGUACCAAAAGAGAGAGGAAUUACCGAAGUUCACGGCAGAUCAGCGAGGACUCGGAAAGAACCAGCUGUUCCCCCGGCGUCCACCACGGCUCCUUUCAUGAAGAUGAUGAUCCCAUAGGCUCGCCUAGGUUAAUGUCAGUGAAAGGGUCCCCUAGAGUGGAUGACAAAGGUCUCCCCUAUUCUAAUGUAGCAGUGAGAGAAGACCCGUUCAGAUGUACUCCUUAUGAUUCUGGCAAGAGAGAACAGGCAGCGGACAUGGCCAAAAUAAAGCUGUCUGUCUUGAGUUCUGAAGGUGAGCCAAACCGUUGGGACCCUCAGAUGAAACAGGACCCCAGCCGCUUUGAUGUCAGCUUCCCAAACAGCGUAAUCAAAAGAGACAGCCUGCGCAAGAGGUGUGUGCACGACCUGGAACCCGGCGAGGUGCCCUCCGACUCUGACGAGGACGCCGAGCACAGAGCCCAGUCACCCAGAGCGUCCAGCUUCUACGACAGCCCUCGGCUGUCUUUUUUAUUGAGGGACAGAGACCAUAAACUACGCGACCGAGAUGACAGACUCUCUAGUUCUUUAGAAAGAAAUAAAUUUUAUUCUUUUGCACUGGAUAAGACAAUCACACCAGACACUAAGGCUUUGCUUGAAAGAGCCAAAUCCCUCUCGUCCUCCCGAGAGGAAAACUGGUCUUUCCUCGACUGGGGCUCCCGCUUUGCUAAUUUUCGAGACAACAAAGAUAAAGAGAAGGUUGACUCAGCCCCAAGACCGAUUCCAUCCUGGUACAUGAAGAAGAAGAAAAUCAGGACGGACUCAGAGGGGAAACUGGAUGACAAGAAGGACGAGCACAGGGAAGAGGAGCAGGAGCGGCAGGAGUUAUUUGCCUCUCGGUUCUUACACAGCUCCAUCUUUGAACAAGAUUCCAAGCGGCUGCAGCACCUUGAGAGAAAGAGCGAGGAGUCUGACUUCCCUCCCGGGCGGCUGUACGGCCGGCAGGCAUCUGAGGGUGCGAACAGCACGAGUGACUCAGUCCAGGAGCCAGUGGUUCUGUUCCAUAGCAGAUUCAUGGAGCUCACUCGGAUGCAGCAGAAGGAGAAGGAGAAGGACCAGAAGCCCAAAGAGGCUGAGAAACAGGAGGGUCCAGAGACUCCCAAGACUCCAGAACCCACUACUGAGACUAAAGAGCCGGAACCCAAAGCACCUGUUUCCGCUGCACUUCCUGCCAUCACCGCUGUGACGCCAGAACCACCACCGCCACCAGCAGCAGCAGCAGCAGCAGCAGAGAAGGCUGAGGAAACAUCAGAGGCUCCUUCACUGGCAGGAGAGAGGCCCGAGGAGCCCACUCCUGUCUUGGAAGAAACAAAGCUUGUGUCUGAGCCGCCUUCUGAAUCCGUGGAACAGCGCAAGCAGGUGGACUCAUCCCCUGGAGAGGACAGCCGUGACAGCACUGCUGUGGUAGCCUCCGCUCCUCCAGAAAGCACAACUACUGACGCUGUCCCUUGUGUGGACGCCGAGCCUCUGACUCCCGGAACCACAGUUUCCCAGGUAGAGAGCAGUGCAGACCCAAAACCCAGCAGUCCCCAGCCCCCUUCAAAACUGGCUCCGAGGGGAGAAGAAGCUGAAGAGCCUAAAGUGGAGAGGCCAGAAACAGCUCCAAGCAUUGAACCUGACGCCACCGAGAAGGGUGGAGUCGGGCCUGAAGCUCAGCCCCCAGCUUCUGAGGACGUGGAAGCCAAUCCUCCAGUCACAACAAAAGACCGGAGGACGACCAAAAGCAAGCGUUCCAAGACAUCAGUCCAGGCAGCUGCCACAAGCAUCGUGGAGAAGCCUGUCACCAGGAAGAGCGAGAGGAUAGACCGGGAGAAGAUGAAGCGGUCCAGCUCUCCUCGUGGAGAAGCACAGAAGCUGUUAGAACUCAAGAUGGAGGCAGACAAGGUCACGAGGACUGCGUCUAAAAGCUCUGGGGGGGACACAGAGCACCCUGAGCCUAGCUUGCCUCUCAGCAGAACCAGGCGCCGAAAUGUAAGGAGUGUUUACGCCACCAUGGGUGACCACGAAAGCCGGUCUCCAGCCAAAGAGCCUACUGAGCAACCCAGAGUGACCAGGAAGAGAUUGGAGCGGGAGCUGCAGCAGGAGGCUGUGGUAGUUCCCGCCACCCCUCGGAGGGGAAGGCCUCCUAAAACACGCCGGCGUGUCGAAGAGGGCGGUGAGCAGGAAAGAAAAGAGCCAGCAGACACACCCAGGCCUGCUGAGGGGCGGAGGUCUCCCAGGUCUCAAAAAUUGGCAGCUCCAGGUGGGCCCCAAGGGAAAAGGGGGCGGAACGAGCACAGGGUUGAGGCUGCUGAGGCCACUGCCCAGGUGAGCACGAGAGAAGGGAACGCUAAGGCCAGGGGCGAUAGAGAAGCAGCAAGUGAGACAAGGCGCGACAGGAAAGACCCCAGCACAGACAAGGACGGGCCUGACAUCUUCCCAGUUGAGGUAGAGAGAAAACCUCCAGAGAAAACCUACAAAUCAAAGAGAGGCCGUGCUCGUAGCACCAGGUCAGGGAUGGACAGAGCUGCACAUCUGAAAAGCCUGGAGAUGGCCACCAGAGCAGCGGGGCAGGCAGCAGACAAGGAGGCCGGGCCUGUGGCCGCCUCCCCUGAGAAAAACAAGAGCCCCCUCAAGGGAAGUGGCGUCUCCCCUCAGCUGGCAGACGGCCCAGCCGACCCUGACAGGGAAGCAGAGAAGGAAAGUGUGUCUGCCUCCACGGUGUCCCCAGAAGCCACGCAGCUAACCAAGCAGAUGGAGCUGCAGCAGGCUGUGGAGAACAUUGCAAAGCUGGCCGAGCCCUCAGCUGCCGCAGCUGACAAGGGCACAGCCACAGCCUCGUCUGAAGAGCCCGCCGCUGAGGAUGGCCACAAGCCGGCACACCAGGCAAGCGAAACUGAAUUGGCUGCGGCCAUUGGCUCCAUCAUCAGCGACAGCUCUGGAGAGCCAGAACACUUCUCUGCUUCUCCCUCUGUCCCCCCAGGAUCUCAGACACAUCUCCAGGAAGGAAUGGAGCCAGGGCCCCACGAGGCCACACCAGGAACCUUGGAGACAGAGGCAGCAACAGAGUCUUCUGCCCAACAAGCCAGUGCCUCGGACCCACCAGCAGGCUCUGCAGACACCAAGGAAGCCAGAGGAAAUAGCAGUGACUCUGUGCAGGAAGCCAAGGAGGCUAAAGUGGCAGUCACUCCUCCCCGGAAAGACAAAGGACGCCAAAAGACGACUCGAUCACGCCGGAAAAGGAACGCCAACAAGAAAGUGGCCGCUGCCACAGAGACUCGUGCCUCUGAGGCUGAGCAGGCACAAAGUGAGAGCCCUGCUGCUGCUGCUGCUGCUGCUGAUGCCGAGGCUGAUGCCGAGGCUGAGGUGGUGGUGGCAGCAGCACCCCCAGAAGAGCCCCAGGAAGAAAAGCAGAGUGAGAAGCCUCACUCCCCUCUCGGGGAGUGCACUUCUGACCCCAGCAAGACCCCACCUGCUGAGAGUCUGUCCCAGGAAAACAGUGUUGAAGAAAAGACUCCAUGCAAAACCCCUGCCCCCCCUGACCUGCCCCCCCUUUCACAGCCAGCACUGGUGGAUGAUGAACCCCAAGCCAGGUUCAAGGUGCAUUCAAUCAUCGAAAGUGAUCCAGUGACCCCACCCAGUGACUCAAGCAUACCUCCACCCACAAUUCCUUUAGUGACCAUAGCAAAGCUCCCACCUCCUGUCAUCCCUGGGGGAGUCCCACAUCAGAGUCCCCCUCCUAAGGUGACAGAGUGGAUCACAAGACAGGAAGAGCCUCGGGCUCAGUCCGCCCCCUCACCGGCUCUUCCCCCAGACACAAAGGCUUCUGACGUAGACACCAGCUCCAGUACACUGAGGAAGAUCCUCAUGGACCCCAAGUACGUGUCUGCCACAGGCGUUACUUCCACAAGUGUCACUGCAGCCAUUGCAGAGCCUGUGAGCGCCCCUUGUCUGCAGGAGGCGCCAGCCCCUCCCUGUGAACCUAAGCGCCCUCCCUCAGAAGAGAAGUUAGCAGCCGCAGUAUCACAUGCCGACACACAGGCCUCAGAGGUUCCAGUCACUGCUGACAAAGAGAAGGUGGCCCCUGUCAUCGCCCCUAAAAUCACAUCUGUUAUUAGCCGGAUGCCUGUUAGCAUCGACCUGGAGAACUCACAGAAGAUAACGUUGGCAAAGCCGGCUCCGCAGACCCUGACCGGCCUGGUGAGCGCCCUGACCGGCCUGGUGAAUGUCUCUCUGGUCCCAGUGAAUGCCUUAAAGGGGCCUGUGAAGGGCUCCGUAGCCACCCUGAAAGGUUUGGUGAGCACCCCUGCUGGGCCUGUGAAUCUCCUAAAGGGGCCCGUGAAUGUCCUCACCGGGCCUGUCAACGUCCUGACCACUCCAGUGAGCGCCACGGUGGGCACAGUGAGCGCUGCCCCUGGUACCGUGACUGCUGCCUGUGGUGUGACUGCCACUACAGGCACAGCAGCCAUGUCGGGUGCAGUGCCUGCCCCAGCAGCAAAGGGCAAGCAGAGGUCAAGCAGCAACGAGAACAGCCGCUUCCACCCUGGGUCCAUGUCCGUCAUCGAUGACCGCCCAGCAGACACAGGCUCUGGCGCAGGGCUGCGUGUGAAUACUUCAGAAGGGGUCGUGCUCCUGAGCUACUCAGGACAGAAGACGGAAGGCCCUCAGCGCAUCAGUGCUAAGAUCAGCCAGAUCCCUCCGGCCAGUGCAAUGGACAUCGAGUUCCAGCAGUCAGUAUCGAAGUCCCAGGUGAAAGCGGACUCCGUCACCCCGACCCAGGCUGCACCCAAAGGCCCUCAGACCCCUUCUGCCUUUGCAAACGUGGCUGCCCACUCCACCCUGGUCCUGACUGCCCAGACAUACAAUGCCUCUCCCGUGAUCUCCUCUGUGAAGACCGACCGUCCAUCCUUGGAGAAGCCCGAGCCCAUUCACCUCUCCGUGUCCACCCCUGUCACCCAGGGGGGCACAGUGAAGGUUCUCACCCAGGGCAUCAACACACCCCCAGUGCUGGUUCACAACCAGCUUGUCCUCACCCCAAGCAUCGUCACCACUAACAAGAAACUUGCUGACCCUGUCACUCUGAAAAUAGAGACCAAGGUCCUUCAGCCGGCUAACCUGGGGCCCACCCUCACUCCCCACCACCCCCCUGCCCUGCCCAGCAAACUGCCGGCCGAAGUGAACCAUGUUCCUUCCGGACCCAGCAACCCAGCAGAUCGAACCAUUGCCCACUUGGCAACCACAAAACCAGAUACUCAUUCUCCUCGACCCGCUGGGCCUACACCAGGCCCAUUCCCAAGGGCCUGCCAUCCCAGCAGCACGACAUCCACAGCGCUUUCCACCAAUGCAACUGUCAUGCUGGCUGCAGGCAUUCCGGUGCCGCAGUUCAUCUCCAGCAUACACCCAGAGCAGUCUGUCAUCAUGCCCCCCCACAGCAUCACUCAGACCGUGUCUCUCGGUCACCUGUCCCAAGGUGAGGUGAGAAUGAGCACACCCACCUUGCCCAGCAUCACCUACAGCAUCCGCCCAGAGACCCUGCACUCUCCUCGGGCCCCUCUGCAGCCCCAACAGAUAGAAGCAAGGGCCCCACAGCGUGUGAGCACGCCCCAGCCAGCCACAACUGCUGUGCCCGCGCUGGCCACACAGCACCCUCCCGAGGAAGAAGUUCACUACCACCUCCCUGUGGCUCGAGCUGCAGCCCCUGUGCAGUCAGAAGUGCUGGUCAUGCAGUCCGAGUACCGGUUACACCCGUACACCGUGCCCCGGGACGUCCGGAUCAUGGUGCAUCCACAUGUGACUGCUGUCAGUGAACAGCCCAGGGCCACAGAGGGCGUGGUGAAGGUGCCACCAGCCAGCAAGGCCCCUCAGCAACUGGUGAAAGAAGUGGUUAAGACUUCAGAUGCCAAAGCAGUCCCAGCUCCAGCCCCCGUCCCGGUCCCUGUCCCUGUCCCUGUCCCGACCCCUGCCCCGCCCCCUCAUGGUGAGGCCCGCAUUCUCACAGUCACCCCCAGCAGCCAGCUUCAGGGGCUGCCUCUGACCCCGCCUGUGGUGGUAACCCACGGGGUGCAGAUUGUGCACUCCAGCGGGGAGCUGUUCCAAGAGUAUAGGUAUGGCGACAUCCGUACCUACCAUGCCCCUGCUCAGCUCACACAUACUCAGUUUCCUGUCGCCUCCUCCAUCAACCUACCCUCCAGGACCAAGACCUCGGCCCAGGGCCCCCCUGAAAGUGAGCCCUUGCAGUCUACGCAGCCUGCACAGCCUGCCCCAUCUACGCAGUCCACACAGCCUGUACCACCUGCCCCACCCUGCCAGCCCUCCCAACUCAGCCAGCCUGCCCAGCCACCGAGUGGCAAGAUUCCUCAGGUCUCCCAAGAAGCCAAGGGGACGCAGACAGGAGGGGUAGAGCAGACUCGCCUCCCAGCCAUCCCCACAAACAGGCCAUCUGAGCCACAUGCUCAGGUUCAGAGGGCAUCGGUGGAAACCCCCCAACCAGCCCACCCCUCCCCCGUGUCAGUCACCAUGAAGCCGGACCUCCCAACCCCUCUUGCCUCUCAGGCUGCCCCAAAGCAGCCAUUGUUUGUCCCUGUAAACUCAGGCACGAGCACCCCACCCGGACUGGCUCUGCCUCAUGCUGAAGCCCAGCCAGCCCCAAAGCAAGACUCUGCUCCACACGGGACACCACAAAGGCCCGUGGAUAUGGUCCAGCUUCUGAAGAAGUACCCCAUUGUGUGGCAGGGCCUGCUGGCCCUCAAGAACGACACGGCUGCUGUGCAGCUCCACUUUGUCUCUGGCAACAACGUCCUGGCUCACCGCUCCCUGCCCCUCUCUGAAGGCGGCCCCCCGCUGAGGAUCGCCCAAAGGAUGCGACUGGAGGCCUCGCAACUGGAAGGGGUCGCCAGGAGGAUGACAGUGGAAACAGACUACUGCCUGUUGCUGGCUCUGCCCUGUGGCCGUGACCAGGAGGAUGUCGUAAGCCAGACCGAGUCCCUCAAGGCUGCCUUUAUCACUUACCUGCAGGCCAAGCAAGCAGCAGGGAUUAUCAAUGUCCCCAACCCUGGCUCCAAUCAGCCCGCCUAUGUGCUGCAGAUCUUCCCACCCUGUGAGUUCUCCGAGAGCCACCUCUCCCGGCUGGCCCCUGACCUCCUUGCCAGCAUCUCCAACAUCUCUCCCCACCUCAUGAUUGUCAUUGCCUCAGUGUGAGGCUCUGAAUGGUCGCCACCUCAGGGCGUUUUCCUGAGGCUCUGCUGCAAAACAAAAAAAACAAAAAAAAAAAAACAAAAAAAAAUGAACACAGGACAGAACCAUGGACAACCCAGCCAGGCAGAGGGGAAGCUGCUGAGGGGCAGACUGCCAGGCGCCACCAGCUGCCCUCGCCCUCGUGCCCGCCCAGCUCUAUGGAUCGACCUCCUCUGGGGGUGGUGCUGCUUGUAUGUUUACAUGAAAUUCUCGCCCAGGACAGACCACCGACCCAUGGACUCGCAGAAACCUUAGGGGCUGGGUUUCUCUCCUCACCUGGAGAAAAGGAACCGGGCUGUGGGAAUUCUUCUGUUUUGUUAAACAGAAUGGAUCAGCCUUUGCACUAAGUUAGUGACUCGCAAGUCAACACGGGCAGCGAUGCUCUGGCCGUGUACGUGAGCACGCCGUGGACUCAUGCAGGACUUGGGACUUGUGCUGAAACCUUGGGGUCAGGAACAUUUCAUUGGGUUUUUGCCCCAUCCCCUCCUCCUCCCUUACCCUGCUCAUCAGACAUGCCAUCUUUCUUAAUUCUCCUGCCGCCGCCGCCGCCGCCACCUUCAGCUCACCGGAUGUACAGUUUACAGUUGAGUAAAAGCGAACAGAAGGAUUUUCUUUCUUGGUCGGAUGUGCAGAACUUGGGGUGUGUAUAUAUAAAUAUAUAAUAUAUAUAAAUAUAUAUAAUACUGACUUAAAUCAAAUUUCCCUGACAUACAUUUUUUUUAAUCUGUGCCAAAAAUGUGUUUUCAAAGAAAAUCUUAUUUUCAUACUCAGACUUUGUACCGUCACUCAUUUGUAUAAGUGCGUCGUCACUGCACGGGUCCUGCUCCUGCAACAUGGAAGUGUCACAGCACCUGUACAAAGACCUGGCCACUCCACUCCCUCUCCUGUGACCGGACCUCUCCCUGACUCCUAACACUUAUUAAUUUAUGAAACUGUUUUCCUCAGCGCAGUUUUGUUCUGUGUGUCCAUUGGAUUACAAACUUUAUUAAAAAAUACAAAACAC